CCCCUUCUUUCUCCCUCUCUCACGAGAAAAACUCUUUGCAGCAACAAUAGCAGAUGCUAAAAUCAUAACAUCACAUGUUUUUUUUUGUUUUUUAAAUAAAUACCAUAAGGUGUCCCCACACUUGAAGGGUGAGAUUAAUCCCCGUUAGGGAUUCAGUUUGUCCCUGGUUACAAAAUGCUCCCAACUGGUUUCGAACCCCUGACAGUAGGCAAGGAGACUUGAGCUUUUGCUUAUAAAUACCAAGUCCCUUCUCAGCGGAUAAAAACAAGCUCUAAAGUAUUCAAACCCCAUCUAGAAUUUAGGCAUAAGGAAUUAGUUUUGAGAAGAAGAUCUUGGCAACAAACUGGUUCACUUAUCUUGGCAGGAUCAAUGGCUUAUAUUCAAGGUCCAAAAGUGGUGCUUUUCUUACAUGGGUUUCCGGAAAUAUGGUACACAUGGAGGCAUCAAAUGGUUGCUGUGGCAAACAAAGGCCACCGUGCCAUAGCCAUUGAUUUCAGGGGCUAUGGACUUUCUGAGCAGCCAGCGGAACCAGAAAAGGCAACCUUCAAAGACCUCAUUGACGAUGUUGUUGCCCUUUUGGAUUCUUUGAGCAUUGACAAGGCUGUCCUUGUCGGGAAGGAUUUUGGAGCUUUUCCUGCAUACGUAAUACCUGCUCUCCACCCGCAGCGGGUAUCGGGCAUGAUAACAGUAGGUGUUCCUUUCAUGCAACCAGAUGCCUCUCCUGUCCAAUUUCAUCUCCUCCCAAAAGGAUUCUACAUGUCAAGGUUGAAGGAGCCAGGGCGAGCAGAAGCAGAUUUUGGCCGCUUUGAUGUGAAGACGGUGAUACGGAACAUCUACAUUCUCUUCUCCGGAAGUGAGCUCCAAGUGGCUGCUGAUGAUCAAGAAAUCAUGGACUUGGUUGACACUGCAACUCCUCUACCACCAUGGUUCUCUGAGGAAGAUCUUGCCGCCUAUGCAUCUUUAUAUGAGAAAUCCGGACUCCAUUUUCCAUUGCAAAUUCCAUACAGAUCCAGACGUUCAUCCGAGGAUUACCAUUUAACUGAUCCAAAAAUCUCAGCUCCAUCGCUGCUUAUCAUGGGUGAGAAGGACUACUUCUUAAAGUUUCCAGGGGUCGAGGACUACUUGAGCACUGGGGCAGUGAAGCAUUUUGUGCCUGAUUUGGACAUUAAUUUCAUUGCAGAAGGGACUCACUUUGUGCAGGAACAAUUUCCGGAGCAAGUUAAUCAGCUAAUCACCAGCUUCCUGGACAAACAUGGUAUCUAAUGUAGAUGCUCAAUGUGCCUAAGAACAAUAUUUUCUAGGGCAGCAAAUAAUGCGACAUAUGCUGAAAGGGCUACGCCUUACAAGACAUAUAGGGGAAUAAAUAAACUCCUGCCGCCGUUCUUCUAUAUUGUUAUCUCCACCUGAUUUGCUUCUUGUUUGUAACCGUGGAUUGCCUGCCUGUAUUCGGUGCAUUGCUUAUGGUUCGACAUAUACAAUCCGGAUAAGGAUUAUCUAUGUAACAUACGAUCGACAUUGCUUAAGGUCUCAUUUUCUCUCCCGUGA